UGUUUCGGCACCCAUUGACAAUGACAUAACCAUAGCUUUAGCUCCACAAAUAUUUGUUUCUCUCACUUUCUCUUCAUGCAUGGCUUUUGAGAUUUGAGAAACCUAAUUCUCUAUUAUCUCCUCCUUUUUUCAUGUGCUUUGGCAUGGUUAGCUUCUUUUGGUGUGUGUUCAUGUAUUUUCCGAUAAUCUAAGACUUUUCCGGUAUUCUUGUUGGGCCAUCUUAUUUUAUGGAUUAUUGGGUCGCGGGUUUCUUGGUUUUGACGGCCGGUAUUAUUCUCCGUUCACGGCUCUGGUUUCGUCUAAGAAAAUGGAAAACGAGAGAUGGAGAAGAAGAAGAACAAGAGAAAGAGACGAAGAAGGCUAUGAUUCCGAAGGGAAGCUUAGGAUGGCCGGUGAUCGGAGAAACCCUAGCCUUUAUUGCUUGUGGAUAUUCUUCUCGGCCUGUUACCUUCAUGGACAAACGAAAGUCUUUGUACGGGAAUGUGUUCAAGACGAACAUAAUAGGGACACCAAUCAUAAUAUCGACCGAUGCAGAGGUUAACAAAGUGGUGCUCCAAAACCAUGGCAACACAUUCGUCCCUGCAUACCCUAAGUCAAUCACUGAACUACUUGGAGAAAACUCUAUUCUCAGCAUCAAUGGACCUCAUCAAAAGAGGCUACACACGCUCAUUGGCGCAUUCUUUAGAUCUCCUCACCUCAAGGAGAGGAUUACUCGAGACAUUGAGGCCUCGGUAGGUCUAACUUUAGCUUCUUGGUCUCACCUUCCCGUGGUUCAUGUCCAAGACGAGACCAAAAAGAUGACGUUUGAGAUAUUAGUAAAACUGUUGAUGAGUAUAUCACGUGGUGAAGAUUUAGAUAUUCUCAAGCUUGAGUUCGAAGAAUUCAUCAAGGGUUUGAUUUGCAUCCCCAUCAAAUUCCCUGGAACUAGACUUUAUAAAUCCCUAAAGGCGAAAGAGAGGCUGAUAAAGAUAGUUAAGAAGGUUGUGAAGGAGAGGCAAAUGGCUACUACGGAUACGGUGAGGAAGACUUCUCCAGCGAAUGACGCGGUGGAUGUGCUAUUAAGAGACGUUAGUGACGGUGGUAGUUCAGAUACGCCAUCUCAGCCUUUGGAUUUCGUCAGCGGGAAGAUCGUAGAGAUGAUGAUACCCGGAGAGGAAACAAUGCCAACGGCAAUGACCUUGGCUGUCAAAUUCCUAAGUGACAAUCCCGUCGCUCUAGCCAAACUCGUGGAGGAGAAUAUGGAGUUUAAGAGGCGUAAAUUGGAGUCAGGAGAAGAAUACAAUUGGUCAGACUAUAUGUCUCUCUCUUUUACUCAUAAUGUGAUAAAUGAAACGCUGAGGAUGGCUAAUAUCAUUAACGGUGUGUGGAGGAAGGCUCUCAAAGAUGUAGAAAUUAAAGGUUACUUAAUACCAAAAGGAUGGUGUGUAUUGGCAUCAUUCAUAUCGGUUCACAUGGAUGAAGACAUUUAUGAGAAUCCCUAUCAAUUCGAUCCGUGGAGAUGGGACAGAAUUAAUGGAUCGGUAAACAGUAAUGUUUGCUUCACACCCUUUGGUGGUGGACAAAGGCUAUGUCCUGGUUUAGAACUAUCGAAGCUCGAAAUCUCCAUCUUUCUUCACCAACUCGUAACCCGAUACAGCUGGAGAGCCGAGGAAGACAAGAUCGUGUCAUUUCCAACAGUCAAGAUGAAGCGGAGGCUUCCCAUCCGAGUGGCUCCCGUCGAGAGAACCUCUCAUAUCCCAGUCGAAGAUCAUUAGAUAACAGAUUCUUGAAAAGAACGAAAGUGUUUAGGCAAAAGGAGGCAGAUAAGCAAACAAAUAUAUUUUGUAAAAUAGCAAAGAAGAGAAGCAAACAAUAUUGGUGGGUAAGGCAGAAAGAGCCAUACGUACAGCUAGUGAUGGCUCAAAGAUGAGGGAUUCUAAUUAUUUUGUAUAUUUUGUCAUGUCAAAUUAUAAGCGUUGGUUAGGUUGUCCCUUUCUCUUUUAUUUAUAGUACUAAAGCCAAACGCAACUUGAGAUAUGUAUGUAUGGGUUGUAUGUAAACUAAUAUGGUUCCUAUGCAUGUGUUCUAAGUUAAUUAUAGCUCUA